AUGCCCACCUCCUCCUCCAACCCCAGCACCGAGUUCCUCUACCUCGGCACGCUCGCCACCCCGCCGCCGGGGACUGCUCCGCCCCCCUCGCAACCCCGCCCCGGCUCGCCCGAGCUCCGCCCGCUCCCGCCGCUGCCCGCGUCGGCCCGCCCUCCGGCGAGUUCGGCUCCCGCAGCUCCGCGUCCGACCCCAGCACCGUGCCCCGCGCGGCCGCCGGCGACGCCUCGUCCUCGUCCCUCUCCCCUUCCUCCCCCUCGGCGUCCUCACCCACGCUCGGCUCCAGCCCCGUCCACAUCCGCCCGCCGUCCAUCCCGCAGCCCCGCGGCCGAGCCCCCAAACGGAGGCCGCCGCCGCCUCCACCACCAGCUCAAUCGUGGAACCCCUUCGUGCCCGUCCCGCCGGCACAAGCCGCUCCCCCCUCCGACGACGACGGCGACUCCUCCUCCACCAUUGCCGCGGCGAUGCACAAGUCCCGGCCGCUGCACUCCGACAAGCUCAACCCCGGAUCUCUGCAGCAUGAAGGACGAGAUGAUCCAGCUCUACCUGAACAACUCCGCCGCCGCGGCCGCAUCGGCGGCGAGGGAGGUGUGCCUGCUCGGUGCGCCGAGGUGCCACGGCAUUGGCACGGUGCUGGGUGCACUGGGUUUCUCCGAGGAGCAAGUGCGUGAUGCGCUCUUGGAAGGUAAUGCACAUGGUUUGGGAUUGGAAGCCCUGCGGAUGCUCGCUCGGUUGGUUCUCACCAAUGAGGAGGAGCUUAAGCUCAGAUAUUACAAGGAUGACCCACCUGCCAAGCUUUGCGCGGUCGAUGCCUUUCUGAAGACGAUACUGGAUGUGCCGUUUGCAUUCAAGCGAGUCGAUGCUAUGCUCUAUGUUUCUAGCUUUUAUCUGGAGGUCAAUCAGCUGAGGAUGUCCUACGCUACUCUCGAGGCAGCUUGCGAGGAGCUGAGGAGCAGCAGGCUAUUCCACAAGGUUCUUGGGGCAGUCCUCAACUUUGGCAACAUGAUGAGCAUCAACACAGGCUCUCCAAACUCACAUGCCCUGGAGCCCAACACGGUCCUGAAGAUAGUCGACGUCAAAGGCGCCGACGGCAAGGCGGCGCUCCUGCAGUUCGUCGUCCAGGAAAUCAUGAAACCCGAAGGCCACAACAAUCUGAACCCGGCAUGCAAGACGGACGCGUACGACGUCGACUGCAGGAAGCACGGCCUCCAGGUGGUCUCGAAGCUCGCCGCCGAGCUGACCAGCACCAAGAAGGCGGCGUCGGUCGACAUGACGGGCCUCAGCCGGAGCGUGUCGGAGCUCGGCGUCGGCCUCGGGAAGGUCCAUGACGUGCUGAGGCUGAACGGCAUGGCGGCCUCGGCCGAGAGCGCCCGGCGGUUCCACAACGCGAUGAGUGCGUUCCUGCGGCAGGCCGAGGAGGAGAUCGUCAGGCUCCAGGGCCAGGAGAGCGUGUGCCUGUCGUCGGUGCGGGAGAUGGCGGAGUACUUCCAUGGCGGCGAUGAGGUCGGCGACGGCGAGGCUCGCUUGUUCAGGGUCUUUGCGGGUGUCCGGGAGUUCGUGGCCAUGCUCGACCGGAUCUGCAGGGAGGCCGGGGAGGUCCAGGGCGACCGUGUCGGCUCGACGCCGGUGAGCUGGGUGGCUCCCAUGGGGACGACGCCCUGA